AUGCGCACGAUUGACCUUGACCCACCGUCCAGCGUACUCUGCACUAGCACGUACACGCUUCACGUGCACGAUACGGCCGCGUCGUGGUCCAUUGACCGUGCCUUUAGCGACUUUGUCGUCCUCCGCACUUGCUUGCUCCAGCUACUGGAUGCUCAGGACGCGCUUGUCAGCAUGCACUUGCGCGCCCUGCGCUUCCCCCGAAAACUCUUUCACCGCUGGCCGCGCCAAUGGCCCAAGCUCUUGGCGUUUGUCCGUGCCGCCAACGCUCUCUGUGGCCAUGUCCCUGCGGCCGUUGCAGCCCUCGACGAUUUUCUUGGCGCCGACUUUAUCUGCGCGCCGGCACCCAAGGCCGCAGCAGCGACGCUGGUCCUCGCACGCUCGAGGCUUCUAUCGCUCUCGGAGCUCUACGCCUCGUCGUCGGACGAUGAGGAAAUCGACGACAUUGCAUUUGAGCUCGGGCUCUGGGGCUUGACGGCGGCGGAUGUGUGCUUGGUGCUCGACGUAUUGUUGCGGACGAUCGCCAAGGCGCGACUGGGCAUUCCAGGCGCCUACUUGAUGGCUGGCGGUGCGUUUGAACUGGAUGCGGUAGCGUUUGCCCGCCAUGUAUUGUCGCUCACGGACGUGGCUGCCGUGCAGGCGCUCCUUGCGGACGGUGUGCCCGACUGCCUCGUACGGCUUGCGCACCGGGUGUGGUACUUUGACUCGUAGUUAGCAAAACACCAAGACACGAUAAAAUGGCCACAAAGUAUUAUCGUACACUGGGCAAAUAAAUGAGACAGGACCAACGACUAAACCUA